AUGUCUACUCGCGGCAUUGCGUGGUCUGUGCAGGUGCUGAUGCAGGCAGAUCCGUUCCUGAGCGAGCUGACCAACAUGUACGAGCGGAGCACGGAGAAGGGCUCCGUGUGGGUCACCAUGAAGCGAUCGUCGAUGAAGUGUCAGGCUAGGUUGAAGAAGAUGGCGAGUAAGGGGGAGCCUGUCGAGUACCGGUGCCUUGUCCGCGCCUCCGAUGGCAAGAGGAACAUCUCCACCUCGCUGUCUGCAAAGGAGUAUCUGAAAUUCCAAGCUUCAUAUGCCCUGGUUCUUAAAGCCCACAUGCAUGCUUUGAAGAAGAGGGAGAGGAAGGACAGGAAGAAGACGGUCGAGGCAGAGAAGAUACCCGAGAAGGAACCGAAGAAGCAGAAGAAAUCAUCUUCGAAGAAGUCUGCAGGGUCUAAGUAG